AUGGAACAAAAAAUUAGGUUACAGUUAUUUAUUAAAGGUAGAAAGUUAAUCCAUUUAAGUUGGAUAUAUUAUUUUUAUAUUUGUAUGAGAACUCUUAACGAAUCUUUGAAUGAAAGUUACAAUGAUUGUAGAAAAUUAUGUAAAAGAAAUUUUCGUUUACUCUCAAAAUAUAAGAAGAAUAAGGAUUCAAGUAUUGUAUGUUUAAAUGAUGUGUUACGCAAUGAAUUAUACGAUAAGAAUGACAUACGUAAUAAUGAAAACAUGAAUACAGAAAAAAGAAAACAAACGAACAGUAGUUCGUCAAAGAUUGAAGGACACAAUAAAUCAUAUAUGAAAAAAAAAUCUUGUGUUUUUGAAACCAAAAAAUAUUCUCGUUUAGAAAAAAAAAUAUUCAAAGAACUUGAUUAUGCUAACUUUCUUAAAAACAACAGGGGGAUUAGUAAUAAGAUUUACCAAAAAAUAAUACGUAAAAAGUACGGAUUUCGAUUAGGUUUACCUAUAUUUUUUGUUUUGUUGUUAUCCUUAUUACUUUUACUAGAUUUAUUCGUGGGUUGUGGACUUAUAAGAGGAUUGUUUAAGAUUUUGAAAAUCAUCUCUGAAUAUUUGAAGUACACAGGUAAAGGAACUGUGAAUGGGUUACAAGAAAUGUUGAAACCUCUGCAUGAUUGGUUGAAGGAAUCUCAUUUUAGUUCUUUCUUCAAAUGUGCUGUUAAUGUAACAAGUAAUGCUGAUAAAUCAAUAGAUAAACAUUCUUAUAUAACCGGUUUCUUUGGUUUUCUGAUAUAUUUCAUUCCCAUCUUUAUAAUAGGUGUCAUAUGUAUAUUAGGGGUUUUUUACUACCAUAAAAAAGUUAAAAAAUAUGAAAAAAUUAAGUUCAAAAAAAGGUAA